GUUCUGCUUAUUGCAUUUCUUCUGAUGACAAGCCUUUGGGGAUUUUACUCCUUUCCAACCUUUAGAAAGCUUUGUCCGCAUCCACAUCAAACUGAAAUGGCAUGCGUUUUGGCAAACGUAACUUGUUUUUUGCUUAUCAGCUCAUCUUUGCCUCUACAAGCGCGUCUGCUCGGCCUUACUCCAUUUGCAUUAGCCCCUAUGUUUUUUGACUAUCAUUCUUCUACUGAAUCUAGUACAUUUGAUGCUGCUAAGACGCCACAAUCCAUCCAACUAUACUCUAUCUUCCCGAAAUCAUCUUUAGAAAUUCCUCAGUUGGUUUCACAGCGAUUCUCUAGUGAAACUACUCUUCGUUCAAAGGAGGUUGGAGCCAUGGAAUUCGUCACUCGAUCUGUCUAUUCUAAUAAAAGAAAAUCUCAUUUAUUCGAUAAUUCAGUACCUUCCUCUUCAUCGACUUUGCUUGCAUUACAUAAGGUUUCCGAAGACGAUACUUAUAAAUCCUUAUCUUUAGCUGAGCCUACAAUCAACAUAGAGGAUCGCAUAUCUGCUCUCAAGUCUUCCUCUGCUUCUAACCUUGUCAAUCAGCCGUUUUCUGCGAUAGAGUCACAGAGUUCAUCAGAUGUUAAAGUCACCUCUUUAAUUGAUCCGCAAACUUCGAACCCUCUCCUUCCUAUCGAAUUCGAUAAAAUUUUAUUAAGCAUGUUCCCUGGUGCUGGUAGCAGCGGUGGUGGGGGUGUUUAUGAGAACAGCUACUUUUUUCUUCUCGUGUACAACUUAGCCUUCCUCUGUCUUUCUCUUAUAAUGACUGGGCCGCAACUCCGCCUCUUGUUGGCUGCCGGACAAGCCGAGCUUGCCUUCAUUGAUCCAUUCUCCAACACUUUACUAACCUUUCGCUUUGUCAUCUGA